AUGGCUGGUCGACAAGGCCGGUGCGUGUCCCUCUGCGUCCCGCGGAAGCCCCUGUGGAGUGCUGACCCGUCCUUCUCUUGUCCAGUCUCCCUGCGCUCGAUCACCCACGACCCCGCGCUCGACCUCUACGUCCUCGUCGCCUCCGACGGCCGCGCCUACGUGGCCCAGAUGAUGGCCGCACGCAGCCCGCCCGGCUGGGUCGGCAGAUGCUUCCACGACCCCGAAGGCCGGCCCGCCACGGGCGCCUGUGCGCUCAACUUCCGCUUCGGGCUUGUCGCCCUCGUCUUCCAGGGCGGCGCCGUCGACGUCUACAGCCUCGCCCCGCCCGCCCAGCCCCCCGUGUACUCCCACUCGCUGGCCCCCCAUACCCCCGACCCCGCGGGGGGCGCCGUGGCUAGCUGUGCAUGGACCUCUGACGGACACGCCUUGGCCAUCGCCGGCCCCGCGGGCUUCGCCUUCUGGGGCCCGGGAAACUUCGAGCUCGUGCUCCUCGCCGCGCCCCGGGCCGGCGCCGACGCCCAGGUGUUCGUGGUUCCGUUUGCGAAGAGCGCGGUAGCGACGAUGCAUUCGCCGGUGAGCGGCGAGAUCGCAGGCGUGCUGGUGCUGGAGCGAGCGAGCUGA